AUGGCCGCCAGCAACGGUACCAGCCCGGUGGUCAAACAGAUUGAUAAACAGUUUCUCAAAUGUGGUAUAUGUUUAGAAAGAUAUCGGACACCUAAAGUUUUGCCUUGUUUACAUACCUUUUGCCAGAAGUGCUUACAAAAUUAUAUACCACCUCACAGUCUAUCACUUUCGUGCCCUAUAUGCCGACAGACAUCCAUACUUCCAGAGGAAGGCGUAUCCGGCCUUCAAAACAACUUCUUCAUUACAAAUCUUAUGGAAGUUUUGGAAGGUCCCAAAACUAACGGUACACAAAGCGAUUCCAAAGCUCUUCCUUGUCCAAGUCACGAGGGUGAAGUUUUAAAGUUUUACUGCGAAUCUUGUGAGACUGCUGUCUGUCAACACUGCACUAUUGCUGAACAUAACGAACACUCCACUGUCCCUCUCAAAGACGCUGUUGAAGAACAUAAGAAGGAAUUAGAAGAAUUACUCACAAAAGCUAAAGCUCGCAUAGCCCCACUUACACAUGCAAUUGAUCUUGUAAGUAACACGCGAGAGAAAUUAUCCGCGAAGAAAACAAAUGCUGAGACCGAUCUCGUGAAGUCCUUCGAGACGUUAGAUAAGGUUAUAACCACAAGAAAAGAGACUCUUCUUAAUCAGUUGGAAACCUAUCACAGCAGCAAACUAAAAGUACUUGAAGAACAAAAAAAGAAAUUGGAACUGGGACUUUCAAAUAUUAUUAACAGCUGCGAGUUCACAGAGCAAGCACUAACGCACGGCAACGAAACAGAAGUACUAUUAGUAAAAAAACAAAUGGCUGAUAGAUUAAGAGAGCUGUCAGCGAUAAGUUUAUCGUGUAAGCCAGAAGAGAAUGACUUCAUCAAGUUCACAUGUGAUCUAAGUAGUGUGGAAAAGUGCACAGUAAAUACUGGUAGCGUGCAAUCGAACAGUGCAGUGCCACAUGAGAGUGUAGCUAGUGGCGAAGGUUUAAAGCGAGCUAAGAUCGGGGAGCAAACUGUUGUGACAAUUAUCACAAAGGAUAGUAAAGGAGAAUUGGUGAAGACCGGACGGGCUCUCGUGACUGCACAUAUACAAAACCCUGAUGGAAAUCUGGCACUGUGUACAAUUGCGGAUAACAAGAACGGCACGUACGACAUUGGAUACUCUUUAGAAUACGAAGGAGAGCAUGCGCUGACUAUCAAGUUAUUCGAAGAACACAUUAAAGGAAGUCCGUACAGAGUAAAAGGUAUGAAGGAAAUUGUCUCACCCACCAGACCUAGCAGUUCAAAGGUCACUAAAACCAAUGUCAAACAGAAAGCUACAAAGCGGCCACCAAGUACGAUAUCCUCAAAAUCAAGGUCCGCGAGGUCAAAUCCCAUUGAAGAUGAUUUGCUACUCCGUAUCGGUAUGAAAGGUCGUAACAAAGCGGAAUUCAUGAAUCCCCAGUGCGUUGCCUGCAGUGCAACCGGUCGGCUUAUUGUUACUGAUAGUGGUAAUAAUAGCGUACAAGUCUUUGUCAACAACUGCGACUUUAAAAUGAAGUUUGGCAUUCGUGGACGCAAUCCCGGCCAGCUUCAACGGCCAACAGGAUGUGCUAUAAUGGCAAAUGGUAACUACCUUAUCGCCGACUAUGACAACAAGAUGGUAAGCAUGUUCACUCCAGACGGGAAGUUUGCGAGCAAAAUUGGUACCGGGCGGUUACAGGGUCCAAAAGGAGUGAGUGUGGAUAGGAAUGGUAAUAUCAUCAUCGUGGAUAAUAAAAACAGCCAGAUUUUAAUCUUCAACCCAAACGGUAAGCUGCUGAACCGGUUUGGGUCACGUGGUAUGGACGAGUCUCAACUCUGCGGGCCGCACUUCACCGCUAUCAAUUCAAACAACGAAAUCAUAGUUUCAGACUUCCACAAUCAUUGCAUUAAGGUAUUUGAUGCCGAAGGUCAGUUUAUCAUGAAGUUUGGUUCCAAUGGCGAAGGUAAUGGUCAAUUCAAUGCACCAACUGGAGUAGCAGUUGAUUCCCUAGAUAAUAUUAUCGUAGCUGACUGGGGUAACAGCAGAAUUCAGGUGUUUGACAGUAACGGAUCAUUCCUCUCGUACAUCAACACCAAUGCCGACCCCUUGUACGGUCCCCAAGGCCUCGCAAUAACCAGCGACGGAAAUAUCGCUGUAGCCGAUUCUGGAAACUAUUGCGUUAAGAUCUACAAGUACUUGCAGUAGGAGAUACCGAUGCGUCAGUCGCCCCCUGUGAGAGGCAGAGGACUACUCUACCCAUGUCCCCUUUUCACUGGAUGGAGAUAUUAGAUGACAGGCAUGGACCAUUUGUCUAUAGAG